CAACGCCAGCGUGGGUUUAGAGGCUGAAAACAAAUGUAUAUGGUAAGAAUUAGGAAAGUCUGUGGGCAAAACAGGUCGUGGGUAUAUGAUGAAAAUGAUGACGCAGUGUUUUGGGAUUAUAAACAUGAAAAAGAGAGAUGGGUGUGCCUGUUUUUCCUACAAUUUACUAACACCAAACCAAGCCCACAGCCUUACCUUACCCCUUACCUUCUCGUCCUCUUCCACCUCUUUCUCCUUUCUUCUGGACGCAUAAAGAAGAAUUUGUUAUUUUUGAAUUUUCAACACCCUUUACUUUGUUUAUUCUUUCCCAUUUUCCUAAAUUAUCUGCGGUUUCGAGUUCUUUUUUUUUUUGAAAAAACAUUAUAUGAUCCGAGGGUUGGAUUUGAUUCGCCAAAGAAGAUCAGCGAAAUGGUUUGGCUACUGGGUUUGUCUUUGAUCACAGGCCCUCAUUGGUGGGUCUUAUAAUCGGAUUAAAUAUGUGAAGCCAACGCAUUUUUAUUUUUAUUUUUAAUUUAUAUGUUUAGUUGAUGAUUUUGGCGAUCAAGUUUGGGCUAUGCUGUGGUUAGUUUGAUUCUACGGUGAUUUGGUUUGUUUUGGGGGUGUUUUUGGAGGAAUUGCGGUUGUGGGUUUCUACUAAUUGGAAUAAAAUUUGCAUUUUAAAUUAGAUUUAGAAAGGAAAAAAAAAGUAAGAAAGAAAAGGAAAUGUGGAAACAGCGUUGCUUGUAGUUGUAGUAGAUGGUGACGCAAAAAGCUUAAGGGUGUUGGGUUCGUGGUGAAUAUGUGCCGUACAAGUAACCCUCGUGAGUUCUCGCCGCGUUUUUUGUUGUUUGUUGACUGUUUCAAGGCAACAUUUUCUGGGCAUUCAUUAUUGUGCUGCUGGCUUGAGGAUGUUCCGUUCUGAUCGACUUGGUUGAUUACAGAUACUGUUUUGGUUUUGAGGCAUAUGCAUUGAUUCUUUCGGCAACCAUGAGCCAUAUAUGCUGGUGUGGAGGUCAGAAGGUCUGUGCUACUCGUGAUUUUUGGAUGUCUAGAAGGUGUUAUAGUUUCUGUUUACAUCCUUUUAAGGGAGUGGGAGUUGAAAUGUUAGAAAUGUGGAUGCCUGUUGUUGACACAUAGUAUUGGCUUCUCUCCUGAUUUGAGAUACAUUGCUGUAGGACUUGUGUUCGUGGUUGUAGCAGAAUUUGUGGAGAAUAUGCUGUAGGACUUAAUUAAUUGUUAUACUGAUAGGAUUUGGAGCGACAAUUUCAUGUGUUGAUUAGAUUGAAGAUAACUGGUUCUGUGUUGAUUAGAAAUCUGAAUGGAGAAUGCUCAAGUCAUUAAGCAUUUUUAGAAAUCAGGAUACGCAUUAGUUGUUUGCAAAUAUAGUGAUGGGCUUGCUGCAAGUUCCCUCGAGUGAAACUAGUGAGGAAGUUGAAGCAGCAUCAUUGGGUGCAUUUUUGCAGAGUCCACCUCGAUUCACUAAUGUGAGCACCUGUGAUAUGGAUGGAAUGCACAGUGAAAGCACGAGUCCAUUUGCUGGGAAUCCAUUAUGCUCUUCUAUGAGAGAGUCCCAAAGAAACACCUGCUUGGAGCUUUCAAAGGUUGGAGAUGAUUCAUUUAAGUUUAGAGGGGCAAUUGAAGUUACUUCCAAUAUUAAUGGUAUGAAAAUUGGUUCUGUGGACAAAGGUGUGAGGUUCACUCCUAAAAGUGGACGAAAUAUUCAGAACCCUGUUUCUAGGGUCGUGGGCUUCGAAUCAGGUGGAACAAGCUCUCUAACUGAUGGAUUCAAGGGAGUUUCAGCUGUUCAUGCUCAUUCUUCUACUGGGAAUAAUGUCAUAGUAAAUGAAACUGAGUCUGGUGGGUCACUAGUCAGGAAGCGAUUGUCGUCACCAUUGAGUAGCAUGCUUUCUCCAUGCCAAUUUGGUGGUGAUCCUCUAGACAUUGGCAGCAGAAAUAUGCAGGCAAAUGCACCUGCCGUGACUGAUAAUUUUAGGAUUUCUGUUGCAAAAGAUAAUAAGAAAGCAAAUGUUGGGAGCCAAAACCAUUUUACCUUGCCAACCUUGACUAGUUGCUUGGAACAGAAGAACGUACCAUAUGAUAAUGGUGGAAAGGAAUCCAUUUUAUUCACUGAUGGCCCUUUGCUGGAAAACAAGGUGGGGCGAUAUCACAUCGGGGAAUCACGUAAGGUCAGGUCUCAAAGUGGGGCGAUAUCUAUAUCUCCCAAUAAGGUUGGCUCACCUCCACUUUCUUUGUCACCUCUUGGUCCAAAAUUUUCUGAAAGAAUGAAAACUGCAAGAGGAUGCAGGACUACCAAAAACGAGAUGGGGGACCAUCGUUUAACCUUAAAAAAUAUAGAAGGAUCACUUGAGAGAUCUGACAGAGGCAUUAUUCUUGCCCCUGAAGAAGAGGAUUGUAGUACUGCAAGCAGAUCAUUUGAAGACAUUUAUCUUUUGCGAAAAGAGUUCCAUCCAUCUUCCUUGCAAAGUACUACUGACAUUAGUUGGCAAGAGCCAGCCCCAGCCUCGCAAUCCGUGAGAUUCACUAGAAGUCUAAGUGGACUUUCUGUUAGGAGGUCCCUGGUUGGUUCAUUUGAAGAGUCUCUAUUGUCUGGUCGUUUCUUAUCUGGAAAACUCAGUCAGAGAAUUGAUGGGUUUCUAGCUGUACUAAGCGUUACUGGAGGGAACUUUUCGCCACAAUCAAGAAAGCUUCCAUUUUCAGUGACCAGUGUAGAUGGAGAUUGCUACUUGCUGUAUUAUGCGUCCAUAGAUCUUGCAGGAAAUUCAUCAUCAAAUAAUUGCAAAGGCCAGAAACUGAAACGAGGCCCUAGCAAUGAUGAUUCACCAACUGUCAAGAGCCGCCUGCGCAUCCCUAUGAAAGGGCGCAUACAACUGGUUCUCAGCAAUCCGGAGAAGACACCUCUUCACACUUUCCUUUGCAACUAUGAUUUGAGCGAAAUGCCAGCUGGUUCCAAAACAUUCUUGCGCCAAAAGGUUACCCUAGCUUCAUCCAGCCCAAAUUCUGCACAGUUGAAGCAAGGGCAUACGGAUACGGACUGUAAAGUUAUAAAGAUGGGGGCUCCAACCUCACAGAAAAGCCAUCCCCUUCAGUUCAGUAAGGAAGUAAGUGAUACAGAUGGAGUUGACACUGUACGUAGAGUGAGAUCCAUAGAUCAAAAAAAUGAAAUGAGUGGAAGUGAGGACUCUAAAUUGGUUGAGUCAACAGAUAAAGGGGAGCCGUCCAAGCAAUCCCUGAAUAUGGGAAGGCUAGGUGAUCCAUCCUCUAUGCUUGAGCAAGGGUGUGGCACUGGGCAAUGCCAGAAGAGUGAGGCAAAGGGCAAUGGCUGUGUGGGUAAAUGCCAUGAAACGCUCAGGAAAUCAUAUCAAUGUCCAAAGCUCAAUGAUAAUGCUGCUGGUGCUGGUGCACUCCGUUAUGCUCUUCAUCUCCGUUUUAUUUGCCCUUUCUUUAAAAAAUGUUCUAGGUCAGUUCAGAGAUGCAAAUCUGAUCCACUAUCUUUACCACAAAAUAAAGACACUGGAGGGGAGCGGAGAUUCUACUUAUACAAUGACUUAAGGGUUGUGUUCCCUCAACGCCAUUCGGAUGCUGAUGAGGGCAAGUCGAACGUGGAAUACCAUUACCCAGAAGAUCCAAGAUACUUCGACAUCAACUGAAACUGAAAUGUCUAAUUAACCUCACCAAAGCAAAAACUUCUUUGCUGUGUUCAUAGUCAUCUAAUCGAAAAAAUGACACUAACCCAGAUUUACCUGUAAAGAAUCAGAUUCGAAAUAAUUUGAUGGGUUAAAAACUUAAAAUAUUCUGCUAGUCCAUUUCGGAAUGACCCUAUAACUCUAUCCACUUAACCCAAAGUAGCCUACAUAAUGUUGAUAGCAGCACUGAAUUAUUUCAUUGUUCAGAUUUUGUUGUUGCAUUUACAAAAUCAUGUCAUGUUAUGUCAAAAUUUUAAAUAAUGAGGCAACAUUUACCA